AUGUAAUUCGUUCCUUUAACAGUUCAUCUGAAUGCUCUAGCUUAACUCUAUUAAUAAUGUGCCACUUUGUCUGAAAAGCAUGAUCGAUUAGCCAAAGGGUUGGACAUCUUUAAUGCGUAGGUUAAUCAUAUUACAGUUGCUCCUAUGUUUGAUUAAGAUAGAGUCUUGUAAGAAUAAAAUACUGAGGCUCCUUAAAUCUAAGAUCUUAAUUCUCAGAAACCUCAUUAUCUAUCUUCUAAUAGCAAGUCACCAGUGGAGAUUGAGUAACUAAUACUUUUAACUCUUUAGUUUGGUGACACAUGAAGAUUUUCAAAUUGAACAAGGAACCAAACCAAUACAAAGUGAAACUAAAAAAAUUAAGAAAAUUAAAUAAAAUGUGGAUAGUUCUAAAUUUUUGCAAUGUCCAGAAUGUCAAAAACACUGUAAAAAUUAGGCAGGCUUAAAAAGACAUCAAUCGAGAAUGCAUGUUGAUAAACCUUUAAAACAUGUUACUAAGAAAUUAUUAAACAAAAAACAAUAAGGAAAUAAUGUUCAAAACUGA